GCUCGAUCCGCUCACUAGACAGCUAGCCCGAGCUAGUCGCCUGCUGAAGCCACGGCAGCCAGGGGAAAAGCAACCUGGAAUUUAUAGAGCGAAGAUUGCAAUCUGGUAAUGCGGAAAUAGAUGGACGUUUCAAGUCACCGAGUUGGCAUCCCACUCCUGGACUGAAGACCUGAUAGUUAGCACCAGAGAAAAAGGAUUGCAAUUCAGUGACACAGUAUUCAACUAUUAUUUUUAUAUUUCUUUAUAGUGGUUAUUGUGCGUAUUAUUUGGUUCCAGUGGCAUAUAGAGCUAUACUUUCUGGUGCACGGACAGACGCACGAGGAGUAUCUGAAUAACAUUUUUUUUGUUAACCCCUUAGACCUACCAUACACAAGUAGGGUUCUUUUUUUUCUCCAGUGGAUCAAAGUAAAUUGUUUUCAAAUCGCGCAUCAACAUGGACGUGUUGGCGAAUUACAGUAUUUUUCAGGAACUCCAACUCGUGCAUGAUACUGGCUAUUUCUCUGCGAUGCCUUCGCUGGAGGAGAACUGGCAGCAGACGUGUCUGGAGUUGGAGCGGUACCUGCAGACAGAGCCCAAGCGUCUAUCAGAGCUGUUUGACGAGGAGCUCGACUGUCUCCUGACGCCCACCUUCAUGCAGGGUGCUGACAGUGAUGAGGACCUGAUGGACCCCCUAGACCCCCUCCUCCCCAGCCUCCCCGACCAGCAGCCCCCUCCCCUCCUCGUCUCCCUUCCCAAGGUGCUACAGGCCCCACAGCCCCACAACACCAAGGCCUCGGGAAAAGAGUCUGGAGCGAAGACCACCAAGGAGGGGGUCAACGGGGUCAACGCUGCUCAGCUGAGUGCCGUCACCUCCCUCACACCACCCUCCUCGCCUGAGCUGGGCCGCCACCUGGUCAAGCCCAUGCAGACGCUCACCGCCACGGCCGACGGCACGCUCACUCUCAAACUGGUGGCCAAGAAGGUUGGUCUGAAUGCGGCCAAGCUGGUGGCCACACACUCCACUCUACCCUCGCCGCCCAGCAGGGGGGGGCACAGUGACAGCGAGCAGGGGGCUGGGUCGCUGGGGGGAGAUAUCCCAGAGAACAAGAAGAGGGUCCAUCGCUGUCAGUUCAACGGCUGCAGGAAGGUUUACACCAAGAGUUCCCACCUGAAGGCACACCAGAGGACACACACAGGUGAGAAACCGUACAAGUGCUCCUGGGAGGGCUGUGAGUGGCGUUUCGCCCGGAGCGACGAGCUGACGAGGCACUACCGCAAACACACCGGGGCCAAGCCCUUCAAGUGUACCCACUGCGACAGGUGUUUCUCCAGGUCAGACCACUUGGCCCUGCACAUGAAGAGGCACAUCUAAGGGAGCGAGAGGAGGAGAGCGAGGAAGAAGAGAGGGAGAAGGAGAGAUAGAAGGAGAGAAUAAGUAAGCCGGAUGGAAGACGAACUACACAGCAGCUUCGGCUCUCACCAUCCAGAGGCUGCCCCUGCCCUCAGAGACCCACCUAAGACCUGACACCAGGAGCAAGGCACUAUGGGAGAUGACACGCUGGAUAGACGGACGCCACGACUCCAGACAGACGGCUGGUCGGCGAGGACGGGUGGAGUGAUGGAGUGACGGAGUGAAAGAGUCGAGGAGCAGCUUGUUUUUUUAUUCACACUUCCAUGAUUCACACUUCUACUCAACAGUCUACAACCAAUUCUCUUUCAUCGUGUCAUCCGAUUAGCCAUGCCUUGUCCAAUCAGGGUUGGGAACUCACACACUGCCAAACCAAUCCGCUAAUCCAGUUACGACCCAUUUACACUCCAAUGUUUCUUUUCUGUACAUUUAAACUAUGGAGCAACUUGGGAAAGGAAAUGGUUCACCCAGAAUUAUGAACUGCUUUCCUUUGACACGCCAAACGUCAGUGACUUGCAGAAGUAACAAUGGGCCACACAAACCAACAAUAACUAUUGGCCAUUUUAUUCUGGUGUGCUGUUUCCCAACCCCAUCCCAAUUUGUGUCUCUUGUAUAGGAACUCACAAACUGCAGCUAUAUGUCAACCCUCAGCAAGCUAUACCGUGUGAAAUAACAACAAUGCCAAAAUAGCGAGACGAGGGAGACCAAUGGAACUAGUGGGCAAUCCGCCAGUGGCGCCGCCUGUCUGUGGGAGUAGGGUCUGACACUUCCAGAGAGUGAGCUCUGUGACCCACAGGCACCUUGCUGUGGAUCUCUCAGGCUCUCCUGUAGGAGGCGCUCUGCUCUUCUCGCUCAGCUUCACUCCUGCCACCUCACAGGCAACAACUAACAAAUGCGCAGCGACACUUUCUUGCCUUUGUUUUUUAAAGACAAUUAAUUAUUACUAUUAUUAUUAAGAAUGAUGGUCUGUUUUCUUUCAGCUGAAAUUUCUUAAAAAUUCACUGAAUGAAAAAAACUAAAACAUUUUAAGUACAAACGAGAAAGAAUGUGCACAUAUGGCAGGAAGGGAGGAACAUCGAACGAACACACCCCGGCCCGUAACUCAGUACCUGCUAUUUAGCACUGACAGUUAAGGAGAUAAAAAAAAUCAUAAAAAGAAAUCACAAGAAACUCUGAAAGAAAAAGGAUUUGUAUUGUUGGCCUGAAAUGAAAGAGAAGGACCUCUGUUUUCCACUCUGUGUUUUUCUCCUGUGUGAUACUAAAAACAAACCUUGGCGUGACCUUCGAGGCAUCAGCACCAAACCAGGGCCAAAACACAACAUAAAACUGGAAAUGGUAUUUUUGCUUUGUUUGUGUGGAUUCUGGAAAUACACCUUGGAACCCCCUACCUCCUCCAGUAUGGCGGGGGAGGGGCCUGGGAGGCUGGUCUGCUGUGACCACACACCCUAUUUGGGAGACUAGGAACUUGAUAGGCUACUGAACAUGAACCUGGGUCUAAAGACACCCAACUCUCUGGGUAGUAGAAAGGACAACAUGGCCUCAUCAGCCCAGAGAGACUUGCCUGUUUCGUAUCCAUUGUCUGCACUGACUUUUUCAAUGUUAUCUGUGCUUUUUUUUUAUAAAGUAUACAACAAAAACUGAAAAAAAGAAUACAAAGGAGAAAAAAAACCUGCAUAAAAAUACUGAAUAAAAAAUGUAAAAAUCUGUCUCUCACACACUCACAUCAUACAGACACAAAUACAACGACACACAGAACAGUUUCUUUGCUCAUGGCUCCACUUUGAGAUAAGACUCAAAUAAUGAUUUAGUUAAUGAACAGAGUUGGAAAACGAAACACUGCAUGGCAGCCUCUCACACACACACUCAGAUCGCUUCCCGGAAUUAUUUGUUCUGCUCCAAAUUUUUCCCUGUAAGAUUUUUUGCAAUUGUUGUUUUGUAAAAGACUAUCUUAUUCCACUGGAGGUAAUGGCUUUGAAAUGAGAAAACAAGCUUGUUCUCAUGUUCAAUCAAUCACCACAAAUCAGGCCUAGGUCUCUCAGUCUCUGUAUGUUAAUUAACAAUCAGCUUCUACACCAUGGGACCAGAUUCCUCACCUGUAUGCCCCAGAUCUAUGAAGUCCUACAUACCCUUGCAAUCAGGGCAUUAAUACCAACACCACUAUCACUAAUACUGUCACUAUUACUGUACCACUUCCUUCCCCUCUCGCAUACACACCCACUCUGGCCUCCUCACACCAGUUGUAAUGGUUGCUUUAUCAGAGAAGAUGCCAUUACUGUCUCUAUAGUAACGCUUAUGUAUCAGCCAUGCCAGAAUCUCACAGACGAUCCCAGAGCUGCCCUCAGGUGGGCCGGUGGAGCUCCGAACAAUCAAUACCAAAAACGUCCAGCAUGGAACUACCCUGGAGCCAGGCAGGGUCUGGAACAGAACACACCGGUAUCUGGGAAGUGGACCGCCUCCACACCAGGCCUAUUGGCACCACUGGCGCAGCAGCAGCUCUUUCUCUACAAACACAAACACAGUGUCUCGGCAACAAAAAGACGAAGUGAAACAAGAGAUUAAGAUGAUCUUUGUGUUUUGCAUCCACUUUUUAGUUGGAGCUUCUUUCUUCUUGUUUUGUUUUGUUUUAACGCCACAGUGAUGUUUUUUUUAUUGCCAUGGUGGAUGAUGCAAGGUAAUGCCAAAAUUUGAGAAAUGCAGGGGGAUUUGUUUCUAUUACGCCCCCUCCCCUUCAACGUACAAUCAUAUGGGGUUUGUUUGUGGCACUUUUUGCCGGAAUUGCAAUGGUAUGUCUGUGUGUGUCCCAAUGCGAGCUAUAGCACGGCACAUCCUUAGGGUACAUUGUGAAUCUAAUCUGCAUUGUGAGAAAGAAUACUACUACCAGUAGACUGGUUUGAAAUUAACAGUGUGGGAGACUGGGAUUGUACUGUAUGUUGGUUGAUUCAUUCACUUUAGGGGAGCUUAUAAUCUGUCUAACAUUAGCUGACAAUUAUGUAUUUGUUUUAGUUUUGUUUCUGACAUUUUCUUUUCUUUACGAACCACACAAAUCACAUUCAUUUGGGAUCAUAGAGCUGAAUGAUGUAAAAACAAACACUCAAACUCAAAAAACCAUACACCAUGCACUUCACUGGCACUUCAAAUAGGUUCCAAAACAUGAAAACUCUUCAAGCACUCUUAUGUUCUAGUAGACGUUCACUUCUGGUUGUAGCCGUUUCUACGGCUUCCACUGCAGCAAAGCCUGCUGGGUAACAGAAAAUGGAUACUGUGGUCAUGGUAAUUUAGCCCGGAACAGGCCUGCAUGCUAAAAAGAUAGCAGCACACAGUUUAAAUCCAAAUUAGCCCAACUUUAGUCCUCUUGCGUACACACUGACAGGUCUAAAACCUCACUUCAAAUGAAAAGUCCUAUUCUAUUUCAGUCCUGUGGCAUUCUCACCAGAAGAAGUUAGCUAGGCCCCUUUCCCUUUCCCUCGCCUGUUAAAACACUGCUUGCUGUCAUGGAGAUGCUCCGCUGUAUAGUUUCCUGGCCACUAGUAUCCCACAGCUCUGAUUAGCAUUAGCGCAGCAGGCUACUCUGUGGAGGCUCCUCUAGUCUCUCCAGUCGCACUCCACUAAUGAGAAAGGCUUUUGGUCACAGGGAAACAGAUCUGGGCGAAAAAACAUCAGGGACCGCGAGCCAAAAUGGUUUCAUUUCAACGGUCCACAGUACUGUUAUGAAACCAGUGUGGAAUCUGCCACAGAACAAACAAGAGUACAUUAGCAGCAGCUUAUCGUAAAGCCAGAGAGAUAUAUAUUUAUUUGAGAAAGUGAUCGAAAUUGAAGAGAUAUUUUUUGACAAAGAGAAAAAAAAAGUUUACCCCAGGGAUUAACCAAAUGAUGAUGAAAUUAGCCGUGCUUUUUAUCUCAUGGAUUAGCGAUUAAAAUGAGAUUAUGAUUAAUCCUACAGGCCCUUAUAGCUAUUUACAACACAACCCCCCACUCCCCCUCGUUCUGCACUCUACAAGUGCCAUUCUAAUAGCCCUCUAUCCCUCUCUCCAUCUCUCCCUCUCUCUAUAACCCCACAGAAGUGAUCCAUGCACAAUCAACUGCAGGAACUCUGAACGCACACGUAUACACUUUCGCCCAAAGAUUUGCAGAUUCACAAGUAAACUGCUGUGAAUGAAAAUAGAGAGAGAGUAAGAGAGAGCGAGAGAAAGAAAGAAUGAACUCGUUUUACUGUCCACUACUAUUCCACCAUUAUUCCCCGCCUUCCACAACCCUGACCCAACCCUGACCCAACUUCUUCCUGCAUUACAAUCUCUUGUCUGGUGUUCAGUGUGGCCGAACUCAUGGUCCAUUCAUGGUUGUAAAAUAUGGUUGUGUAGUCUCUUUAGGGUGCCCAAUUCAAGGGUGACUUAACUAGCAGCCUACCAAUUCUAAUGUAGACUUAGUUCAAUUAGCUUCUUAGUACAGUGCAACAUAGUACAGUGGAGUGUAAUAUUUCAAACUGUCAUGUCUGAGGUGGACCGUCGAGUCUCUGUUAGGUUAACUGUUGCCUGCGAAAACCAUCCCAAGAACGAUUGCAUCAUACACCUACCUUAAGCAUUCCCGAAACUUGAAGCCUCACAUGUUCGGUCCCCAUGAGGUAGGGUUGUCACUUUGGUGAGGCUUCUGGCAGCUUUGUAGAUAGAUACAUUAGUAGCUCUUCAACUCAAUGAGCUCGUAUGGGUAGUGACUGGUUUACAGUGGGUCUGAUAACAGUUCUGUAGGCCACUGGAAUGUCCAUAGACAUUAGACAUUAGUCGUUAGACCUACUGUAGACCCAUUUUAACCACAACACUUUAGGUGGAACUUAAAGGGUAUUGUGCACUACUAGGCAACAGUGCUUCAGCAUUUCGACUCCUACAUACAUCUCACACACUCUUUUAAUGUUCCUGUUGUUCUAUCUUCUCAAGCAUACCAUUUCACUACAUGAACUUACUGCGCACACUCCAUAGUGUACCUACUUACUUAAUGCUAGCAUAGUCUGUUGGAGCACUCAAAUGUCAAAUAUCCACAUAACAUGUUGUGACACUUCCUGAUGCACUUAACCACAAGAACCAAUAAGGUAGGUCCUUUUUAGUUUUUAGCCAAUCACACUAAUAGGUUAUUAGCUUGAUAUAGGCCCUCUACUGUCAUUAAACAGCCAAUGGCAACUGGGCAUGGUAAGAUAAUGUUGGACAGUUGUUUUGACGGUUGAAGGGGUUCUGUUCAUUGCCAUGUAACAGGUGACUAAUUUGGUACUGUUUGGGAUGUUGAAACUCAUGGUUCUUUUUGUUGUACAUCUGCAUCAGGGAGUGUGUCUGUAUCUGCUGUGUUUGUCCAUAUUUGAUGUGUCAGUAUAUAAGGGAUUGACAAAACUCUUCCCCCCUGUCUCUGUAUCCCUCCACCUCACCCCUUCUUUCCCUUUGUCCCCCAAUCCUUAUCCAUCCAACUCUGGGGCCCAGGCAUCACACUCUGACAUGUGCUGUUAGCGGAAGAUACAUCUUGAUAAAUGUUGAUUCAUCUCUAUGGCUUUGUCUUCAUGAGGUGUUGGACAUGUGUCAAGUUCAGGAGGUGAGUUAGAGUACUUGACUUUAUAUUCUAUUUACCCUCUGCUAAGUGGAGAGUCUCAUGGCCAGACAGACAGAACCAGGAUGUGUAGCUGUAAUAACUAUCCUCAGUCAAGGGGCCACACAUAGAAAUAGAAUUACUCAAAUUCCAAUUUAAUUCUAUUUCUAUUGGGGCACCCACCCAGCCAACAACACACCUCAGCCUGUAGAGCAGAACUAAACCCACCAGUGCUUUUCUCAGACCGUCUACAGUACGACUGAGCCUCCACAAGGUAGUCUAGUCCCAGUCCAGCCUCUACACCUGGUACAUCUGUGGAAGCCCAGUGACACAGUGGGAACACCUUUUCCAUUGUCACCUCUGUCAUUUACUCCUUCUGCAGGGGCUCUAUAAUGCCAACAACACCAUCACCUCUCCUUCCUACCAGACCCUGACCCCUCACCCUCUGCUCUUCCACCCCUCCCUCACGCCUUCCCUUCCUCCUUCCUUCCCUCCAUCCCUCCCGCCCUCCCUUCCUCCCUCCUUAUCCC